AUGGGUGAAACUCUGGGAGAGUCUCUUAUUGACCCAGAAAGUGAUUCCUUCGCUGAUACACUGUCUGCAAGCACUUCACAAGAAAUUACCAUGGUUGACACAGAGAUGCCAUUUUGGCCCACCAACUUUGGAAUCAGCUCUGUGGAUCUUUCCGUAAUGGAUGACCACUCCCACGCCUUUGACAUCAAGCCCUUCACCACGGUUGAUUUCUCCAGCAUUUCCACUCCACACUAUGAAGACAUUCCAUUUGCAAGAGCUGACCCAAUGGUUGCUGAUUAUAAGUAUGACCUGAAGCUCCAAGAUUACCAAAAUGCAAUCAAAGUGGAGCCUGCAUCCCCACCUUAUUAUUCUGAAAAGGCUCAACUAUACAAUAAGCCUCAUGAAGAGCCUUCCAACUCCCUCAUGGCAAUCGAAUGCCGUGUCUGUGGAGAUAAAGCUUCCGGGUUUCACUAUGGAGUUCAUGCUUGUGAAGGAUGCAAGGGUUUCUUCCGGAGAACAAUCAGAUUGAAGCUUAUUUAUGAUAGGUGUGAUCUUAACUGUCGGAUCCACAAAAAAAGUAGAAAUAAAUGUCAGUAUUGUCGCUUUCAGAAAUGCCUUGCUGUGGGGAUGUCUCAUAAUGCCAUCAGGUUUGGGCGGAUGCCACAAGCCGAGAAGGAGAAGCUGUUGGCAGAGAUCUCCAGUGAUAUCGACCAGCUGAACCCAGAGUCUGCUGACCUCCGGGCCCUGGCAAAACAUUUGUAUGACUCAUACAUCAAGUCCUUCCCGCUGACCAAAGCAAAGGCGAGGGCCAUCUUGACAGGAAAGACAACAGAUAAAUCACCAUUUGUUAUCUAUGACAUGAAUUCCUUAAUGAUGGGAGAAGAUAAAAUUAAGUUCAAACACAUCACCCCCUUGCAGGAGCAGAGCAAAGAGGUGGCCAUCCGCAUAUUUCAAGGCUGUCAGUUCCGCUCAGUGGAAGCUGUGCAAGAGAUCACAGAAUAUGCCAAAAGCAUUCCUGGUUUCGUAAACCUUGACUUGAAUGACCAAGUAACUCUCCUAAAAUAUGGCGUCCACGAGAUCAUUUACACCAUGCUGGCUUCCUUGAUGAAUAAAGACGGGGUUCUCAUAUCGGAGGGCCAAGGAUUCAUGACAAGGGAGUUUCUAAAGAGCUUGAGAAAGCCCUUUGGUGACUUUAUGGAGCCCAAGUUUGAGUUUGCUGUGAAGUUCAAUGCACUGGAAUUAGAUGACAGUGAUUUGGCAAUAUUUAUAGCCGUCAUUAUUCUCAGUGGAGACCGCCCAGGUUUGCUGAACGUGAAGCCCAUUGAGGACAUACAAGACAACUUGCUGCAAGCCUUGGAGCUCCAGCUCAAGAUGAACCACCCCGAGUCCUCUCAGCUCUUUGCCAAGCUGCUCCAGAAAAUGACAGACCUCAGACAGAUUGUAACAGAACAUGUGCAGCUAUUGCAAGUAAUAAAGAAAACAGAGACAGACAUGAGUCUUCACCCACUCCUACAGGAAAUAUACAAGGACUUGUAUUAG